AUGCUGGAGAAUGGCUCGCUGAGGAACUGCUGCGAGCUGGGCGGGCGAGGGGGCUUCGGCUGGGCGGGGUGGGAGGCGGCGGCGGCCCGGCGGCCGGCCUGGGUGUGCCCGGCGCUGUCCAGCGUGCUGAUCUUCACCACCGUGGUGGACAUCGUGGGCAACCUGCUGGUCGUCGUCUCGGUCUUCAAGAACCGCAAGCUCCGGAACUCAGGUAAUGCAUUUGUGGUUAGCCUGGCUUUGGCAGACCUGGUGGUGGCCUUGUAUCCAUAUCCACUGGUGCUCUUAGCCAUUUUCCACAAUGGAUGGUCCUUGGGCGAAAUGCACUGUAAACUGAGUGGCUUUGUGAUGGGACUAAGUGUGAUAGGCUCCAUCUUCAACAUUGCUGCAAUUGCAAUAAACAGAUACUGUUACAUAUGCCAUAGCUUUGCUUAUGACAAAGUGUAUACCUGGUGGAACACAAUGCUAUACGUCUGCCUAAUUUGGGUGUUAACAGUUGUUGCAACCGUGCCAAAUUUUUUCGUUGGCUCUUUAGAGUACGAUCCGCGCAUCUAUUCAUGCACAUUUGUUCAGACUGCUAGCUCCUAUUACACCAUCGCUGUUGUCAUAAUUCAUUUCAUAGUACCUAUCACUAUUGUGAGCUUCUGCUACUUUCGGAUUUGGAUCUUAGUGAUUCAAGUAAGAAGAAGAGUCAAAUCAGAAAUAAAACCAAGAUUGAAGCCGAGUGACUUCAGAAACUUUCUCACAAUGUUCGUGGUUUUCGUGAUCUUUGCCUUUUGUUGGGCACCACUAAACUUCAUUGGAUUAGCUGUAGCUAUCAAUCCUUUGGAAAUGGCACCAAAAAUUCCUGAGUGGUUGUUUGUUGUAAGCUAUUUCAUGGCCUACUUCAACAGUUGCCUUAACGCAAUAAUAUACGGACUUCUUAACCAGAAUUUUCGGAAAGAAUAUAAACGAAUCCUAAUGUCACUGUGGAUGCCAAGGCUUUUCUUUCAGGACACAUCCAAAGGGGGGACUGAAGGUCAGAAGAGCAAGCCUUCUCCUGCUUUAAACAACAAUGACCAAAUCAAAACUGAUACCUUGUAAAUGUCCUAUGGUGAAUGCAAAGAAGUGUCACUGAGAACUCCAAUGAUGUAGUUAUAAGAUUACACUCAUUCUUGCUUACUUUUCUGUGCUUUCAAUUUGAAUGGCAUAGAGUGACUGGAAUCCUGUUGUCUUGAUAAAACACACUGCUCCUCUAAAUUCAUAUUUUAUACAAGAUACCAAUUUGAAAUCAGCUUCAGAAUUAAAGUAGAACAUGAAUGCCAGCUGCUUUAUUUCUGAGAGACUAAUCCUGCCCUCAAAAUGUGGGUGAGGCACUCAUUGACUUCAAUGGGAGUCAUGCAGUUAUCCCAGGUCAGAAUUUGGCUCUUAGAAAAUAUAAUGAAUUCAUUUGCUUAAAGGUAUAAUAGUUAAGGCUGAGGGCAUUUUUUUCCUGUCAUAUGUACAUGGAGAUUGAUGUAGAUACUUUGCUUUCCCUCUAUGUGUCAAACUUGGCAUUUCUGUGUAUGUACUGAUAGGGAAACAAGUUUUGCUUGUGUACUGAAGAGGAGAAUUUUGUCCUUUUGUCCUACAAAAGAAUUUUAACACUAAUGCCUUUCUUGACAGGGAUUUUCGUAUAUA